AUGAAUACAUCAGAUCAAGAUAACAAGGAAAAAGUAUCAACACUGAUUGAGGAUUCCCAACUUGGUUCAAAGAAAGUUCUGGAUACUUCCAAUGACACUGAAGAUACUUUGGUAGCUGAAAAGAUUUUGAAAAACGAAAUUUCAAACAAUAAUCAGAUCGACACAGACCUGAAAAGAACUAACACUUUAACAAAAGUCUCACCUACAAAUGGAGAUGAAGCUCCCACGAAAACAGAUGCAAAACCUAAGACACAAAACGGUGGUCCAAACAGUACUGAAAAAUCAAAUAGGACAUCUUUGACUAGUGCUACUGAAACAAUUGGUAAACUAAAGAAAUUUAAGAAAGCAAAUAGUUAUGAGCAAGAUACGUUGCUGGAGGUACCAAAAAAAACGAUCAAUAAUACUGCCGAGUCAGUUGAAGCCAUUGAAAGUUCAUCAAUGAAUGACAAAAUCGAUCAAAUAAUUGUUGAGGAUGAUCAUGAACCGGAUCAACCUGUUCGAGAAAGUGCCCCAUUGAGUUUCGUAUCAAGUAAGGAAUCAACAAACUCCAAAACAGGAAAGAGAUUUUUCUUCAAGUCCGUUAAACAAUGGUUCUUUCAUCUUAACAAGGGAGACAGUGAAAAUGUAAAGCACAGUGAUUUGAAAGUUGGUUGUGAUUUUGAUGAAGUGAUUGAAGAAGAUUUGAAUGAAGCUGAACUAAACUCAUUGACGGAGUUACCAAGUAUUCCAAUACAUUAUAGAUCUAGAGAGAAUGGGUUUGGAAUUUUAACAAAAUCUCAAACAUUGCCUAUGAAGAUUAAGAAGCAAUAUUUUAGUCUUUUAACAAGUGCAGUGGUUGAAUUAAUAGAAUUUUCAAAAUAUUUGGAGAUUUUGAAUGAGAGAUCUAAGCAUGAAAAUUAUUUAUUCAUAAAACAUAGUUUUUCUAGCCAUUUCAGCAAAGUUCAUUCUGAAUUACCCUUCACCAGGUUUGACUUGAAGACAAAUGAAACAGUUAAUCAAGAGUUAUUAUUGCAAUUGAAAAUCUUAUUUAACGAUUUAUUUCAAUCGAAUUAUAUCAUUUGGAUAGUAAAUAAGUUUGAGUAUAACGGAUUUGGAAAAAGAUUCAGAAAAUUAAUUUCUCAAACUUUAGCCAAAGAAUUUACUUACGAUGUUAGUUACGAUAGAGAAUUGUUUUACAAACACGUAAUAGCUGCUAGUUUAUUGGAAUGGAGAAAAAAUAUCCCGUUUCCUGAGUAA